AUUCGUCCCCCGUUUCAAUCGUCCCGGUUGUAGGCUAGGCUACCUAUUCUUCGUUUUUAAUUCUACAUAGUUUUUAGACGAAUUUCCCAUUCACCAUGAAUUUGUGAGAUAAACCUUGAGGUUACCUUCAAAACUCCCAUUAAGAGUUUUCAAAUUGGUGACACUGACGGGGAUGACUAGAGACAUCGUUUGUGUUUUUAACCUGAUAACCGUAGCAGGGCUUUGUGGAAACGAGUGUUUUCGUUUGCCCUAAAGUGUAUGAUCAACAGAGACAGAGGGGCUGAGCACAGCAACGUUUACUGUAUAUUCAUCCUUCAGACGAGCUGGCACCUGAAUGUGAGGUUUUACGAACGAGUUCAGGAUAAGAGUCAUUCCUUUUUGGAAAGAUCACUGGAAUCCAGUAUUGUUUUUCAGCCAUGUCCCUUGUUUACAAACAUUUCCCUGGAUGAUUAUGAUACAAUCCUCAAAUUCCUCGAAUUCCAAUUUCACUUGAAGAGCAUCAUUGGUGAUUGCAUUCUUCAAUCAUCUGGUUGUGCUCAUGAAGCAGCCUGCAAUGUCCAGGGAGCAUAUGGAUGCCAUGAGUGACUUUUCUUUGAUGUGUCUUCACUGCUGAAACGUUCAGUUUGAUGAAAAGUGAUCAUAAAGUACUCUCCAAGUAUGGCCCUAUCUAAUCUCACAGAUCCAUCUACGCCUGAGGUCACUGAAGUCCCUGGCAGUAAAAUUGUCCUCUCCUUGACCCUGUCUGUAUUGGCAGUGCUCACCAUUGCCAUCAACUCCUUGGUUAUCACUGCCAUUAUUGUCACUCGUAAGUUGCACCACCCAGCCAACUAUCUCAUCGGUUCUUUGGCGGUCACCGACUUGCUGGUGGCCAUCUUAGUCAUGCCCUUCAGCAUUGCAUAUAUUGUCACAGAGCACUGGAUCAUGGGUCAGGUGGUGUGUGGCAUCUGGCUGGCUGUGGACAUCACCUGCUGCACCUGCUCCAUCCUGCAUCUGGCAGCCAUUGCUGUAGAUCGGUACUGGGCCAUCACGGAUGCCGUGGCCUACUCUCACAAGAGAACACCUACACGUGCUGCCAUCAUGAUAGUCAUGGUAUGGGUGCUGUCUGUCCUCAUUUCCUUGCCCCCUGUACUUUUGAGGCAACAUGAGAACAGUAAUAUGACUUCUGACAUUAAGGAAUCACAUGAACAGUGUCUUAUAAAACACAGCAUUGGCUUUGCCAUCUACUCCACAUUUGGGGCUUUUUAUAUUCCUCUUCUACUCAUCGUCAUCUUAUACUAUAAAAUCUACCAUGCCGCUAAGAGUCUAUAUGAAAAACGAGGUGCCAUCCGGAUCAGAAAACAGGCAAUGAAUGGACAUACUUUGCCCGCGUGCAGAGACAGAGAGCCACACGGUCAUAAAACCCUUAGUCCACCUGAGAAGUCCUUCUCAGACCUUUCCACAGAAGUCGAGCGGGUUCAUAUCACCCCUAAAAGCUCACACCUUGUACCUCGUCACAAGAAGUCUAGCACACACCGCAUCUCUGGGAGAAGGGAGAGGAAAGCCGCCACCACUCUGGGCCUCAUCCUGGGAGCAUUUAUCAUCUGUUGGCUGCCCUUCUUUGUCCAUGAAGUGAUUGUCAACACCUGUGGUCCCUGUCAGACAUCUGGAGAGUUGGCCAACUUCCUGACAUGGCUGGGCUACUUGAACUCACUCAUUAACCCUCUCCUAUACACCAUCUUUAAUGAGGACUUCAAAAAGGCCUUUCAAAAGCUCAUUUGGUGUAGCCAGUCCCUUAGCAUUGAAAAGUCACAGUCUCAGUUGGAAUAGUAAGACAUACGCACAAAGCAGAAAAAAAAUGGAAUGACACUUAACACAUAAGCUUACCAAAUCCAAGUGAGAUCUAUGUUGGAAUGAAUACAUGCCAUCAGAAUGGUGCUAAAGUUGAUCAAUAUGCAUAUAAAUUGAGUACUAUCUUAAUACCUUAUUAUGCGAAGGAACAAAGUGUAUCAAAGUGCACUGGGUAUGGAUGUGAAAUGAUUAUCUGAUAUUGCUAUCAAAUAACUGGACAAGAAUGCACAAUAACAUCACAAUCAUUUGAUAAUUGUAAAACAUUUGUCUCCACCGUUCAUUAUGAUGAUAUACUACAGAAUGUAGUUGUUUAACUUCAUUUUGUUGCAUGAAAUUAGACAUGUUAUAAAUAAACUAAGAUUAACUGAGAUGGGUUGGAGUUCAUUGCCUAGGCAAAUGUGUUUACCGAGGUGCUAAAGGACAUGCAGUUUGCAAUGUAAAACUAUGAGGUCACAUACAGUAUCAAGCUACAGUACACACAUAAGAGGCAAAUUCAAGCAAAUAAAAAGUGAUACCAGACACAUU